UGAUUGAGGGUUUUCAGGUCAAAUGCCGUACAUGCACAAUCAACCACGAAGGACGAUUUUGUUUCGUCCAUUAAUGAAUUAACAAAAGAAGAAUGAAAGUUUUGCUGCAUUGUGGUCAUGCUUGUGAUGUUAGUUUUUUUGAUUAUGCUGCUGGAAGUGAGAUGAAAGAAUCGAGUGAGCCUUUAAGUGUUGAUGAUAGUGGCAUGGAUGAUGACACUGAAGUCGAUGACCAAUAUGUAAGAACAGUAAAGAUCAGAAAAAGGAAAAAAAGGUUCAAGAAGGAGAAAAUGAGUCAGGAAGAGCUUGAUGCUGAAGUUGAAGUAGUGAACACUAUUUCGUCAAGGGCUGAAAAUUCUGAGGAUAUUAGUGGCUUUCAGUUUGUUGAUCCAAAUAAGAUGAUGCAGCAAAAGAAAAAAAAGAGGAAGGGGGAGAUGAGGUCAACAUUGAUGUGGGAAGUAUGGGAAGAAGAGCAUAGCAAAUGGAUUGAUCAUAACAUCGCUGGAGAUUUUGACUGGGAUCAGCAGAACAAUGCGGCCGAUGAAAUGCAUGAGGAACCCUUAGAAUUAGUUACGCAAUUGUUGCGCUUUCAGAAGGAGUGGCUUGCAUGGGCACUGAAACAAGAAAAAUCUUUGACAAGAGGGGGAAUCCUUGCUGAUGAGAUGGGAAUGGGAAAAACUAUUCAGGCAAUCGCACUUGUCCUUGCUAAAAGGGAAAUCCGCCGAGCAAUGAAUGGAGUUGAUGAAUCCUUGCUGUCACACAAGGGGUCUUCUGUUUUGCCAGAAGUCAAUUGCACCCUUGUUAUCUGUCCUGCAUCUGCUCUACAUCAGUGGAAGAGGGAGAUUGAGCGGUUUACCUUAGAGAGAAGCACGAAAGUGCUGUGCUAUCAAGGGCCCAAGCGAUCAAGGAAUUUUGUACAAUUUUCGGAAUAUGAUUUUAUAAUCACCACUUAUAACACUAUAGAGGCUGAUUACCGUAGAGUGUUGCCACCGAAGCAGAGGUGUGAAUGGUGUGGUAAGUGUUUUCAUGAAAGUAAAAUGGUUGUUCAUCUCAAAUAUUAUUGCGGGCCUUCUGCAACUAGAACUGAGAAGCAGUCUAAGCAAGACAGGAAGGGAAAGAAAUCUCACUUUAAGGUGGUAAAGAAUAGUGAUGAAGAUCAUGUCAGUCAAAUAUAUGGUAAGAAGCAGGAAGCAGCUCAGAAGAAGAGCGGUAAGCUGCACAAUGGCUCAAAAGAAUCAGGACCUCGAUCUGAACAAGAGGAUCAUGAUGAGGUUGAAGGAACUGUUCGUAAGUCCGCAUUACACUCUGUGAAGUGGGAGCGCAUUGUGUUGGAUGAGGCUCACUACAUCAAAGAUAGACGUAGUAAUACUGCUAGGGCAGUUCUUGCAUUGGAGUCUUCAUACAAGUGGGCCUUGAGCGGUACCCCUCUUCAGAAUCGUGUUGGAGAACUCUAUUCACUGAUUCGCUUUUUACAAAUUGCUCCUUAUUCUUAUUAUUUUUGCAAGGAUUGUGAUUGCAGAACACUUGACUAUAGUUCUUCCACGGAAUGUAAAAGCUGCUCUCACAAAUCUGUUAGGCAUUUUUGCUGGUGGAACAAAAAUGUGGCAACACCAAUACAAUUGUAUGGAAAUUCUGGGGGAGGUCAAAGAGCCAUGUUUCUGCUGAAGCACAGAAUUCUCCAGAGCAUUCUGCUCAGACGUACUAAAAGUGGCAGGGCUUCAGAUCUUGCUCUUCCACCAAGAAUUGUGUCAUUGAGGCGAGAUUCUUUUGAUAUCAGAGAAGAAGACUAUUAUCAAUCAUUAUAUAAUGAAAGUCAAGCUCAAUUUAAUACAUAUGUUGAAAAAGGCAAUUUGAUGAAUAAUUAUGCUCAUAUAUUUGACCUACUUACACGUUUGCGGCAGGCUGUUGACCAUCCAUAUCUUGUGGUGUAUUCUCGCACUAAUAGUCUAAGGAGUGAAAGUGGUUUAGAAACUGACAAUGGUGAACAUGCUUGUGGCAUUUGUCAUGAUCCAGCUGAGGACCCGACGGUCACAUCAUGUGGACAUCUUUUUUGUAGAGUUUGCCUCAUUGAUUUUUCCUCUUCCCUGGGGCAAUCUUCAUGCCCAUCUUGUUCAAAGCCACUUACUGCAGAUUUUACUUUAACCUCGAGCAUUGGUGGCCAGAGAUCAAAAGCAGUUGUAAAUGGUUUUAGAAGCUCAAGCAUUUUGAACAGGGUACACCUUGACAAUUUUCAAACAAGCACAAAAAUCGAUGCGCUGUUGAUCAAUUGCAAUCCAAAGCUGGAACUUUUCCACAUGGUUUUUCUUUGAACAUUCAAUGUAAAGUGGGCAAGUUAUCCUUUGUGCCAUAUAUCAUGUUAUGCCUAUGCUUGUAGGUAAUUAUGAUUUUUUCAUUCUUAAAUCAUGGAACCAACACGAGCCAAGCAUCUUAAGUUAGCGCAAUAUUAAAUAUAAAAAAAGCAACCGUGUGGAGAUCUGUUAUGUAAAUAGCUUUAUUCUUUUGUCAAAAUCUCCCUUACCUUUCAAAGAAUUGUGACAAAAGGAGGGUGUUUUAUUUGCUUCUAUGUGGUAGCUACAUGUAUUAUGUAUAUCGAUUUUUCUGCUUAGAUUAAGAGGCUAUGUUAGCAACUUAUUGCAUUUUACCUUUCAUGUCUGUUCUUUUUAUUUUGUAAAGCAUCCUUGUAGGAGGGCAAGAUUUGUAUUCUUCGUCUCCUCUUUACUUGUGCUGGUAUAAUUCUCUCCAAUUCCUCGAGGAAGUAUGAAAAGUAGGCCCCUGGCCUUUUAUAUGCAUCAACUUUUACGUUAUAGGAUUUGUAGAUUUUGAUUUGCUUAAGUUUGUAUUGCUACUCACUUAAGACGUGCUCAUACAAUGCAAUAGCAUGGGGAAGAUAAGGAAGUAAUGUUUGGGUCAAGCACUCAAGCUUGAGCAAUUCUAGGUCAAGCUUGGGUCGGUCAUAUAAAUGGUGAGCUCCUCCCCUCUUUGCAGCUCCCAUUUCUAGCCCCACAAUGCCCUCCCUGUCCCCUUGCUUACGAUGAACUUGCGGCGCUACCCUACUUCAGUUCUCUUUCUUUGUUGGUGGAUGCCGAUUGUUGCUUCAAGUAUCCAGUUAUGGCUGAGUUUGUUGGUGAUUUUAGCUAAUAAGCCCAUUACAAUUCUAAUCCUCGAGUGACUGAUAAUGUACCUUUCGGACAUAGUUUUUCUUGGCUAGUGGAGUUAUGGUCUGAUUUUUUGAUGUAUGAGUCUAGACCCAAGGAGAACAAGCUACUUUAUCUAAAUUAGAGGCCUGCUAGUAUGCUCGAACUCAGGGGCAUGUUUGAGAAGGAUCUGGAAUUUGGAUUUGGACUUGAGAACACGGCAACGGAUAAAAAAAAAAACAUGUAUAAAUAUUUCUAGAUUUUUUUUGGCCGACUUAUAGCACCAAUGUUGCAGCAUGGUAAAUCCGUUGAAGAAUAUCCAUUCUCGAACAAACUUUUGGUUCAUUCUUUAGCUGUUCUGGCUUUCACCUCUUGUUGGCAUUAAUUAUCAAUAAGAGCAAUUGUUAGUGUUGUUUGGUUUAAUGUUUGAAAAUUUUAAAUCGGACAACUUAACAAGUGAUCAAAAGAUAGUGAUUCGAGUGGAUCUGCAUGGAAUGUCAGUAAAGAGAUAUAUCUUUCCGCUUUAGUGGCUUGAAAGUUGAACCUAACAUGCAAUAGUAAAGUGCUGCCACCAUGCUCAAAGCUCUUCUUAAUUAGGUAGGUUAGAACACGUUCUUCACAAUUAACUACCACUUUAGGCCAAACAACCUGAGUCGGGGACCUAGGUGAGGAUAGUGGAUGUAAGAGAAGCAGGGUAAAGUAAUUCGAAAAAUUCAUCCGGCUCAUGCGCUGAAGAUUGUAGGUUGGAAUCCUGCCAUCGCCAUAGAUUUCUCAGGGUGGAAAAAAAUAUUAUGAGCCAAUCUAGAUUCGAAUGCAAUUGGCACAGUGCUAAAGGCACAGAUUGAUCCCGUGCAUGAUGGAUUGACGUCGAACUAGUAAGUAUGAAGCAACCCUUAGCUCGUGUUUAGAUGUGGUAAGCUGUCUUGAAGCAUAUGUUUUCUUAGAAUCCGUAUGGUUUUACCUUGCUCAGAAAUUGGGUAUUUUACAUGAUCGGAGUUGUUAGGUGCUUUAUAUAAAUUUGUGAUACUAUACAACCUAGAACACUGUGACUGCUUCUAACUGUUCAAGGGCACGCAUUAGUGCAUAGUUGCUUUAGCUCAUAGUUCUUCUUGGUAGCUUGGACAACAAUUUUAGAGAGUCAGGACGACAACCCAUACUUGGUGGAUUCACGUCAGCUUAGCACGUGAGGGCCGAGUAGGAAGUUGUUCAAAAAUGAGGCUAGAGUGCCAAUUGGUGGCUUUGACGCUGAAUCAAGAUCAGUUGACUAGUGGUACUGUAGCAUUAGUCACUGAAAGUUGGUGAUCUUAGUAUAGCAAAAGGGUUGUCUAGUGAAUAUUGAUUUGUUGUCCUCCAAACAAACCUGUUAAAACACACAAUGUGUAAUAUCACUUGAAUUUACUGUCGGAGUUAAAACUCACAUACUAAAUAAUAAACACUUUAUGAGACAGAACGAGUUGAAUUUGAACUUAAAAAGUUACAGAGUAUGUUUAAGUUCUACUUAGACUUGAGUCAAAUUGAAAUCAAGCAUGCUUCAACCAAGCUAUAAGCCUAAGGACCAGUGAGAGCAGCCAAGAGUCGGACAACAAAAGAAGGAAGCUUCUUUUGUUCAUUAAUAGAUGAUAACAUGAGACUUGUGAAGUUAUGAUCCAACUUAUGAAUGCAGUACAGCAACAGUAUUUAUUAAGAAACUGCACACCCCUUUUUUGAGUGAGAAAAAAAAUGAAAUUUGUAUAUGGACCUAGAAAGGAAAAUAAAUUAAACAGGAUUUCACGUGAGGUUGCUACCUCAGAUGUGUGCAACCUAUGAACCAAGGUAAUCACACAAAAUUAGACAGAAAUUGUCACCGCAUUCUUCAAUAAUUUGUUCCACAAAAUGCAAGUUAGUUAUAAAGGUCGUCCUCCUAUAGGUCAUUGCCAUCUUAAUAUAGGAAUGUCUCACACAAAAAUUACUAAACUCACGCUUGAGGGAGUUAAUGAUUUAGUUUAUAAAUUGUAAAUUAGAAUUAUGGUAAAAAUACAUUUUAUUCUUUGUUUACAUUAUGAAUAGUUUCUGGUUUUAUGCUGGCAUAAAUGUAUGUUCCUUUUCUCUGCUGCUUUCUGUUCAAAUACCCUUGAUCGAAAAGUUAACCACAAGUUACUGAUCAAGUCAUAGACAGUUAAGACUUAUGGGAUCCUUUCUUGUUUGUUAGUCAAUAUUUGCCAUUGUAAUUCAUAGUUGAAGAUUGCUUAUUAGAUUCCUUGAACCUUG